AUGUAUGCUGCUGAUGAAGGAGAUAUCAUUUUAGAUGAAGAAGAUGGAGAAGAAAUCACCCCUGAUUUGUGGCAAGAAGCUUGCUGGAUUGUUAUCAGUUCAUACUUUGAUGAAAAGGGUUUGGUGCGACAACAAUUGGAUUCUUUUGAUGAAUUCAUUCAAAUGUCUGUUCAGCGAAUUGUUGAACAUUCACCAGCUAUUGACCUUCAGGCUGAAGCCCAACAUACAUCAGGAACUGUGGAAACACCACCAAGAUAUGUCCUCAAGUUUGAACAGAUCUAUUUGUCUAAACCAACUCAUUGGGAAAAAGAUGGUGCUCCCAGUCCUAUGAUGCCAAAUGAAGCAAGAUUGAGAAAUUUGACUUAUUCAGCUCCUCUCUACGUGGACAUCACCAAGACAGUCAUAAAAGAAGGUGAAGAAAAUGUGGAGACACAACAUCAAAAAACAUUCAUUGGUAAAAUUCCCAUCAUGUUGAGAUCAACUUAUUGUCUUUUGAACAGACUUACAGAUCGUGAUUUGACUGAGUUAAAUGAAUGCCCUCUUGAUCCAGGGGGUUAUUUUAUCAUCAAUGGAUCAGAAAAAGUUCUUAUUGCACAAGAGAAAAUGGCUACAAACACAGUAUAUGUAUUUCAACAGAAAGACUCCAAAUAUGCUUACAAAACAGAAAUCCGUUCCUGUCUGGAACAUUCUUCACGUCCUACAAGUACUUUGUGGGUUAACAUGAUGGCAAGAGGAGGAACGGGUGUGAAGAAAAGUUCAAUUGGACAGAAGAUCAUUGCCAUUUUACCUUACAUCAAACAAGAAAUUCCUAUCAUUAUUGUUUUUCGAGCAUUGGGGUUUGUAUCUGACAGAGACAUCUUGGAACAUAUCAUCUAUGACUUUGAUGAUCCAGAAAUGAUGGAAAUGGUGAAGCCUUCAUUGGAUGAAGCUUUUGUAAUUCAAGAACAAAAUGUGGCUUUGAACUUUAUUGGUUCUCGUGGUGCACGUCCUGGUGUAACAAAAGAGAAACGAAUUAAAUAUGCCAGGGAAAUCUUACAAAAAGAAAUGUUGCCCCAUGUUGGUGUCAGCGAUUUCUGUGAAACAAAAAAAGCCUAUUUCUUAGGGUACAUGGUGCACAGAUUGCUUCUGGCUGCUUUGGGCAGACGAGAAGUAGAUGAUCGAGAUCACUAUGGAAACAAACGUUUAGAUCUUGCAGGACCUCUUUUAGCAUUCUUAUUCAGAGGAUUAUUCCGAAACCUGAUGAAAGAAGUGCGUAUUUAUGCCCAAAAAUUUAUUGACAUUGGCAAAGAUUUUAACUUAGAACUUGCCAUCAAAACAAAGAUUAUCACUGAUGGCUUGAAAUAUUCAUUGGCCACAGGUAAUUGGGGUGACCAGAAGAAAGCUCAUCAAGCUCGAGCAGGUGUAUCUCAGGUGUUGAAUCGCCUGACAUUUGCCUCUACCUUAUCACAUUUGAGACGCUUGAACUCUCCCAUUGGUCGUGACGGUAAAUUAGCCCGACCUCGUCAGCUUCAUAACACAUUGUGGGGCAUGAUUUGCCCUGCUGAGACACCAGAGGGAGCUGCUGUAGGGCUUGUGAAAAAUUUGGCCUUGAUGGCUUAUAUUUCUGUCGGUUCCCAACCAUCUCCUAUCCUUGAAUUCUUGGAAGAGUGGAGUAUGGAGAAUCUUGAAGAAGUAGCACCAUCUGCUAUCCAAGAUGCCACAAAGAUCUUUGUCAACGGCUGCUGGGUUGGCAUCCACAGAGACCCAGAACAGUUGAUGAACACACUACGUAAACUCAGAAGAGAAAUGGACAUCAUUGUGUCUGAAGUAUCAAUGAUCAGAGACAUCAGAGAUCGGGAAAUUCGAAUCUACACAGAUGCUGGCAGAAUUUGUCGGCCAUUGUUGAUUGUUGAGAAUCAGAAACUGUUACUAAAGCAAAGUCACAUCAAACAACUGAAACAAAGAGAAUAUAACAGUUACAGUUGGCAAGAUUUGGUGGCUAGUGGUGUGGUUGAGUACAUUGAUCCACUUGAAGAGGAGACUGUUAUGUUGGCCAUGACACCUGAUGACUUACAAGAGAAAGGUAUGGCCUAUUGUUCCACCUACACUCACUGCGAAAUUCAUCCUGCAAUGGUGCUUGGAGUGUGUGCUUCUAUUAUUCCAUUUCCUGAUCACAAUCAGUCUCCUCGUAAUACAUACCAAAGUGCUAUGGGUAAACAAGCCAUGGGUGUUUACAUCACAAACUUCCAUGUGCGAAUGGAUACUCUUGCUCACGGAUUACUCUACCCUCAAAAACCAUUGGUCACCACUCGAUCUAUGGAAUAUUUACGUUUCAGAGAGUUGCCUGCAGGCAUCAAUUCCAUAGUAGCCAUUGCUUCCUACACUGGAUACAACCAAGAAGAUUCCAUUAUUUUAAAUGCAUCUGCUAUUGACCGAGGUUACUUUAGGUCAUUUUUCUUCCGAUCCUAUAAAGACCAAGAAUCCAAAAAAGGCAUGGAUCAAGAAGAAAUCUUUGAAAAACCAUCCAGAGACUUUGUACAAGGAAUGCGACAUGCUAUUUAUGAAAAACUGGAUGAUGAUGGUAUCAUUGCACCUGGUACCAGGGUGUCUGGAGAUGACGUUCUUAUUGGCAAGACACUUACUCUACCGCCAAAUGAAAACGAACUUGAGGGCACUGUUCGCAGAUUUGCUAAGAGAGAUGCCAGUGUCUUUAUGAGAAGAAGUGAAACAGGAAUUAUUGAUCAGGUGAUGCUUACAAUUAAUCAAGAAGGUUUCAAAUUUUGUAAGAUUCGUGUUCGUACUGUGAAAACUCCACAGAUUGGAGAUAAAUUUGCUAGUCGGCACGGACAGAAAGGAACCUGUGGAAUCACUUAUCGGCAGGAGGAUAUGCCAUUUACAUGUGAAGGAAUCAGCCCCGAUCUGAUUGUCAACCCUCAUGCUAUCCCCUCCCGUAUGACAAUUGGCCAUUUAAUUGAAUGUCUUCAAGGCAAGGUUGCUGCUAACAAGGGAGAGAUUGGUGAUGCCACCCCAUUCAAUGAUGCUGUCAAUGUACAAAAGGUUUCCAAUUUGUUGCAGCAAUAUGGCUACCACUUAAGAGGCAAUGAGAUUCUUUACAAUGGACACACCGGAAGAAAAUUGAAUGCCCAGAUUUUCUUGGGUCCCACUUAUUAUCAACGUUUGAAGCAUAUGGUGGACGACAAAAUCCAUUCUCGUGCUCGUGGGCCUUUACAGAUUAUGAACAGACAACCCAUGGAAGGAAGAUCUCGUGACGGAGGUUUGCGUUUUGGAGAGAUGGAACGAGAUUGCCAAAUUGCUCAUGGUGCUGCACAGUUUUUGCGAGAAAGAUUGUUUGAAGUGUCUGAUCCCUACCGUGUACAUGUUUGCAAUAUGUGCGGAUUGGUCUGCAUUGCCAAUUUGAGAAACCAAACCUUUGAAUGCAGAGGCUGCAAAAACAAAACUCAGAUUUCACAAAUGCGGAUGCCUUACGCCUGUAAACUUUUGUUCCAAGAGCUUAUGUCGAUGAGCAUUGCUCCACGAAUGAUGGUUUCUUAA